AUGGGUUCAAGAAGUGUGCUUAUGAACAUACCUUAUUCACGAAAAUAUCAAAAGAUGAAAGAUGAAAGAAUAAUUAUCUGCUUGUAUGUGGACGAUCUUAUUAUAGCUAGUGAUUCAAUGUCUAGUCUCAAGUCAUUCAAGGAUUUAAUGAAACGUGAGUUUGAAAUGACUGAUAUGGGAACACUACAUUACUUUCUGGGAAUGGAAGUUACCUUCAACAAUGGAAACAUUACUCUCUCACAAAAUCAAUAUGCAAAGGCUUUGUUAGACAAAUUUAAUAUGACAAACUGUACCGCUCUUUCAACUCCAAUGGAAUAUGGUUUGCGUUUGUCAAAGCAAGAUAUGGAUGACGAAGUAGAUUCCAACUUAUAUAGGAGACUGGUGGGAAGUCUGAUGUAUCUGACGAAUACUAGACCAGAUUUAAUGUUUGCAGUAAACAAGAUAAGCCAAUUCAUGGAACAGCCCAAGCGAAGUCACUGGGAAGCUGGAAAGAGGAUACUAAGAUAUGUAAAAGGAACUCUAAAUCAAGGGCUUGUUUACUCAAAAGGAGGGAAAGGGACAUUAACGGGCUUCAGUGACAAUGAUUAUGCAGGUAACAUUGAUGACAGUAAGAGCACAUCUGGAUAUGUAUUUCAGUUAGGAACAGGAACUGUAGCAUGGCAGUCAAAGAAACAAAAGGUGGUAGCUUUAUCUUCAACAGAGGCCGAGUAUAUCGCUCUUUCCAUGGCUGGAUGUCAAGCUCUUUGGCUUCAAGGAAUUCUAGAAGAACUUCAAGAAGGAGCCAAAGGUCCAAUAGUAAUUCAUUGUGACAACAAAUCCACGAUAAGUCGGGCAAAAGAUCCUGGAUUUCAUGGCAAGAGCAAACACAUAAGAAUCAAAUACCAUUUCAUUCGAGAUCUAAUCAAGAACAACGAUGUAGAAGUUCGUUUUUGUCCCACUGGAAGCCAAAUUGCAGAUAUACUCACUAAAGCUCUGCAACUUAAAGUCUUCAAUCAUCUGAAGAAUCAGCUGCAGAUAUGGGACGCACACACUGAAUAA